AUGCUCCAGCCAAUGCAUCACUCAAAACGUCGAUAUUGGGAAAUUGGACUUGCGGCGCCAUCUCUGGAAUUCAAAGCUAACGACGGACCCAGUAAAGAGGGGAGAGACGAGGAAUGCGACAUGUGCUUAAUUUUUCCUUCUUCCACGUUUUCGACUUGCCGCGUGCGGACACGUUUUGCUGUUCUGGAAAAUUUGUUGCCACGACGUAGUGAGCUAUACUUUGAUUAUUGUGUUAAUAUUUGCGCUUCGGUUUGCCGAAAUUUAAUUGAACAGCUCGACGACAAUCGGCUGUGGCUGAUUAAUUUGUUAACUGUAAAGUUUACAAAUUAA